AGGAUGUAAAAGAAAAAAAAAGAAAAGAAAACCAAGAUCGUGGGAUUAUCAUAUACUAAAAUCUAGUGCCGAUAGUGUCUGUUAAAUUACUUUUCAAGUCUCUCUCUCCCUCUCUCUGUCCCUCUCCCUCUCUCUACAUUCUGCGCUGUGUUGCGCAGAUCGUGGGCAGAAAUCAACCAGGCACAGAUCAACCGGCCGGAAUCCGACUAAUUUGGCUGCAAAAAAAAAAAGAAUGGAUUUUGACUCAAGAUCAGUUACCCAGUUGACUUCUUGGACCAUUGCGGUCUUGUUCUUGCUUUCCUUCCUCAGCUUCCCUUCUACAGACGCCUAUGAUGCCCUUGACCCAACCGGUAAUAUCACAAUCAAGUGGGAUGUCAUUAACUGGACUCCUGAUGGCUAUCUUGCGGUUGUCACCAUGUUCAAUUUCCAGCAAUACCGGCAUAUACAAGCUCCUGGGUGGACGCUUGGUUGGACGUGGGCGAAGAAGGAGGUUAUUUGGAGCAUGGUCGGAGGCCAAACAACUGAACAGGGAGAUUGUUCCAAGUACAAAGGUAACAUUCCCCACUGCUGUCAGAAGCGUCCAACAGUUGUGGACUUGCUCCCAGGAACCCCUUACAACCAGCAGAUUGCGAACUGCUGCAAGGGGGGAGUAAUUAACUCGUGGGCUCAGGAUCCAGCAAACGCCGCGAGCUCAUUCCAGGUUAGUGUUGGGGCUGCUGGGACCACUAACAAGACGGUGAAAGUGCCCAAGAACUUCACCUUGAGAGCACCAGGGCCCGGCUAUACAUGUAGUCCAGCAAAAAUUGUCAAACCGACUCAAUUUGUGUCCUCAGAUGGAAGGAGAGUCACGCAGGCUAUGAUGACAUGGAAUGUUACGUGCACAUAUUCGCAAUUCCUGGCUCAGAAAACUCCUACAUGCUGUGUUUCGCUCUCAUCCUUUUACAAUGACACAAUAGUGCCCUGUCCAACAUGCACGUGCGGCUGUCAAAACAACAAAACUCAGCCGGGGAGCUGUGUAGACCCAAAAUCGCCAUAUUUAGCUUCAGUUGUCUCAGGGUCUACUAGCAAGAAUAGCUAUACGCCCUUGGUCCAAUGCACGAGCCAUAUGUGCCCCAUCCGAAUUCACUGGCAUGUUAAGCUCAAUUACAAGGAUUACUGGCGAGUGAAGGUCACCAUCACAAACUUUAAUUACAAGAUGAACUAUACCCUGUGGAACAUAGUUGUUCAGCACCCCAACUUUGACAACCUGACCCAGCUUUUCAGUUUUAACUACAAGCCAUUAAAUCCUUACCAAUCAAUAAAUGAUACUGCCAUGCUAUGGGGAGUGAAGUUCUAUAAUGAUUUGCUCAUGCAAGCUGGCCCUUUGGGUAAUGUACAGUCAGAGCUACUCUUCCGAAAAGAUGCUUCAACUUUCACUUUUGACAAGGGUUGGGCUUUUCCGCGAAGGAUCUAUUUCAAUGGUGAUAACUGUGUCAUGCCGCCUCCUGAUUCCUACCCAUUUUUGCCAAAUACCAGCCCCCGGAAAGACUUCUCUUUGCUUACUCUAUUGUUGACUCUGUUGUUGUCUUUAACCCUCUCCUGUGCACACGCUUAAGAAUCUUCACGCCAGAAUAGCUACAACUUCUGUAGUUUCAAAAGAAUUGUUAUGUAUACUUUCAACCCCAGAAUCUACAGCAAGCUGAUUGAAGGGUACUUGUGUCUGUCUUUGAUUUCCAUCAAGAAGUGUAGGAUCAGGUAUGCCUCCAUCGGAACAAACUUAAGUUUUUCUUUUGGUGGUGAAUUCACUACUAUUUUGUUGCUUUUGCACCAUUAUAAUGGUUGUUUAGUACUGUUCGGUAUAGUACAUCAUCUUGUCUGAAGUACUCAAUGUCCCAAGUGUCGUCGUAAUUGUAAUGAAAAUUAAAUACCAUAUACCAGGGAAAGUGUUCUAUUAUACGGAAUUUGUGUUGCA